AUGGCAUCCAUCGACGCUCAGGUCCUCAGGGAAAUGAUUCAACGGUUUCGAGUUCUCAUUAUAGGAAGAGCAAAUGCAGGCAAAACGUCCAUCCUUCACAAGGUCUGCAAUACCACGGAUGAACCAGAAAUUUACGAUACAGAAGGAAACAAGAUCGAUGCGGCCAUCGUAGAAUCAUCAAUCAAGCGUGGAAACCAUGACAUCAGAAACGAGAUGGUGUUCAAGAGCAAUCCCAGUUUUGUCUUCCACGACUCAUGCGGUUUCGAAGCGGGUUCUGAAGAAGAAUUCGAGAACAUGAAAAAAUUUAUAUCAGAACGGGCAAACACGACGAAAUUGGAGGAGCGACUUCAUGUUAUAUGGUACUGUAUUCCGAUGGACGACCAUUGUCGGACCUUUCAACGAUCAGAGGAGAAGUUCUUCUCAGAGUGCGACACCGGGCACAUUCCCGUCGUCGUGGUAUUUACCAAAUUCGAAGCUUUACGUCCAAUCGCAUACGGACAACUGAAGAAACAACUGAAAGGGACAUCAAGAGAAGAAUUCUCCAGCAGGAUCGCUCAGCAGGUCGAAGAAUUGUUUACAAACACAGGUGUCUUGGAUCGGUUGUGCGCUCCUGAAAACCGUGCGCGUCCUAAGUCCCAUGUACGCUUGGACAAUAUGCACAAACCGGAUACCAACUGCAACCUUUUACUGGAUCACACGACUCUAGCAUUGGACAACGAAGAAUUACAGUUGUGCCUAAUUUCGACACAACAGUCAAACCUGGAGCUUUGCAUCAAGUGUGCAGUCAGAACACUCGUUGAUGGCGUACGGCAAUCCGGGAAAAUCGAUUAUGAAGUGUAUCAGUAUGGAAUUGCUAAGUGGUUUCCACAUCUGAAGGUAAGCACCUUGGUUAUUUUCUGCCUUCAAUCCAUGUGCAGAAAUCUUACAUUUGUUUUUUUGGCAGGUGCCUGAUUUCAAUGAUGUGAGUAGGUUUCAAUCGCUCAAGGAUUCUAGCCAUAUAAUCUCUUG